GCCAAAAUACCGCUGGCGAAGAGCUUUCACGACGGUGUCUCGCACAAACAUGAGCACCAAGCUCGCUCCAGUUGUAUUGGCAGAGGUUGUGCGCAUACCUCGGAUUGAGACCGGCGCUACAAGCACAUCAGGAGCUAAAUUCAAUUCCGAUAACAGCUCGGACAGCGCUGUAUACAAUGCUGGACGGUCGAGUGCGCUUGCUAGAUCUGAUUUCCCAAACGGAUCGACGCAAACGUACGAGCGCUCUACACGGAACGUAGAAUCGCAACCACAAAUGCAGUCGCAAAAACUGGCACAACCACAAUCAGAAUUCCAAAAUCAGCCACAUUCCCAAUCGCAAUUGCGACCUGGAGUACAGCCAUCAUCACAUAGAGAUAUAGAUUCACAUCCACUACCGCAAACACAACCACGCGCAAUGGAGGCUACACUGUCAAAAACACCACCUACCAGAGAGCCGGUUAUUGAGGUUCUGCCUGCACACGUGAAACAGCAACAGCUACAGCAACAGCUACAGCAACAGCUACAGCAAAGUGUGCGAUAUUCGUAUGCAAUCUGUCCUUCGGUGUUGGCCAAUGGGUCACAGCCACCUCCGCCACAUCCAAUGCACUUGCCUGUGCUACAGCGGCCUGUACGUUAUGUGCCAUCGCCCCCGGUAGAUGGGAGUAAUACUGCCCCCACGUACACCGAGACGUAUUCAGAGACGCAUACACCUCCGUACGCGAAGACAGCUAAGGACAGGCGGGCGGUUGCCUAUGGGCAAAAGGAAACGUCGGAACCUAGCGCCAGUGAGCAUAUGAACACGGGUGUAUUUGGGGCAAGUACCCAUUCAGAUGGAAUCGCAUACACUGAUACGCGUGCAUGCAGAGAAUAUAACUCUAACCAUGGCGUGAAUGAAGCUGAGCGAAGGGACAACACAAUACGCCAGAUUGAUAAACCAAUUGCAAAAGCGAGGGAUAGGCAGUGCAUCCAGAACUAUACAUACGACACGCAUUUCAACAUGCAUCGCACUCAGUCACGCUCACAUGGCCCGUACAUGAACACGCAUAGUGCUCGCACAGACACGCAUGACAGAUACACGAACACACGUGAUAAGAACAUGGAUAUCCGUGGAGGCGAUCGAGAGCAGACUUGGGAUGCCCGACGGGACAGUUCGUAUCACAACAGCGGAAACGAUGGCUCUGUAGCCGAAAAGCAUACUAUACAAUCAAGCAGCAAUACAGAAGUGGAUGUGUCGCGAUCUCAAUCUAUGAUCUCCGAUUGUAAAAUGGGGGGUGUGGCAGACAGGAAUCCAUCGCGAAUUCGUACGCACACACCUGUGAAUCAAAAUACAUUCGGCACAGGAGAUGACCAGCAAAUAUCCCCAGCGCACACAGACGAAUAUGCACAUGUCGAAAACAGGCCUUCAUCGGUGCAUAGCUCUAUGUCGAUGCCUACGGACGAGAACACACGAGCACACGAACACACCAUACUCCACGAGCCUAGUGAGCCACACGGACACAUUCAGGUAGGAAUGGCUGUGAACAGACAUGCGCAGGCUGACAGGCCGGAUGGCCAACGGCAACCUAAGACAAAUAUUAGAGCGAAGGAGACGAGGGCUAAGCUGGCAGCAAAUAAUAGGGAGACAAAGUUGCGGAAGUUGGAGGCGAUAGUGAAAAAUGCAAAGAACAGACAGGUCAAAUCGAAAUCUUUCGAAUCGGAAUUGAUGGAUAUCGAGCUACGUGCCCAGAAACUGCGACGCAUGAUGCAACGGCAAAGCGAAGCCAACGAACCUACCGCACCUAUGGUGGGGUAUCACCAGCACAACCCCGUGAACUAUCAUGACACAAUGCCACCACAAAGACAAUCACAACCACAAUCACAGCUACAACCACAACCACGGCAAUCGCAUGUACAGCGACAGCCGCAGCCACAACAACAGCCUCGGUCACAACUACAACCACAACCAUGGCAAUCACAAGUACAACGACAAACGCAGCCACAACAACAACCUCAGCCACAACUACCACCACGACCAUGGCAAUCACAUGUACAACGACAACCGCAGCCACAACAACAGCCUCAGCCACAACUACCACCACGACCAUGGCAAUCACAUGUACAACGACAACCGCAGCCACAACAACAGCCUCAGCCACAACUACAACCACAGCCAUGGCAAUCAUAUGUACAACGACAACGACAACCGCGGCCACAACCACAACCUCAGCCGCAACUACAACUACAACCACGGUCACAUACGUCGCAACAACCACCACCACAACUAGCACCACAGCUACAGUCGCAUACGCAGCCGCAACCCCGACCGCAGUCACAUCCACAAACAAACACACAACCGCCACCAGGGGGGCGUGACACAACGCCACCGCCAGGCGUUGAUACCAAAUUUUCAUUAGCAUCCUAUAGGACAUAUGGCAGAUCAGACGAUCCCGACUAUCUAUACAACAGGCACUUGGCGGACAACAGUCCCGAUGUCGGCAGAAUGUACACCGCGUACCAGUCACAAGGGGGAAAAUUACUCGUCAAUGACCGCGGCAGUGUAGCAUGGAAAUGUGAAUUUGAGGGCUGUGGUAUUAUUUUCGCGGUGAAAACCAACCGUGACAACCACUAUCAAAAGGCCCACAUCGAUGGCGAAAACAAUGCUGUUUCCAUUCCAGGCGAAGCACUGAAACGCGACCGUCCGGAUACUAUCAGUAGUAACAAGGAUGAGAUCGUUGAUCUGAGUAGGUCAGAUGGGGAGCACGACAGCAAUGACGACAACCCGGUGGUCUCACCGGUAAAGCCUAGAGCGGGUGGAAAGCCCUUAAUGAAGAAGCAGAGGCUAGACUAUAACGACGGUAUACAUUUGACUCGAUCUUGUGCGACACGUAACGUGUGGUUGGUCUAG